AUGAUGGAGGUCGUGGUCCACCACAUCCAGAAGGCACCAGUGCCUAGCUGGGCACAACGACCCAAGAUUAAGCUGCGGCUGGUGGGGCCGAGAAGCGAAGCAGGCGAGGGGCGGCUGGAAGUGCUGUACGAAGGACAGUGGGGCACCGUGUGUGAUGAUGACUUCAACAUCCAUGUGGCAAGUGUGGCCUGCAGGGAGCUGGGCUACGAGGGGGCCACAAAUUGGGCCCACAGUGCCAAGUAUGGACCAGGAGAUGGCCCAAUCUGGCUGGACAACAUGCGCUGCUCUGGCACAGAAAGCUCUCUGGCUGAAUGUGAAUCCAACGGCUGGGGUGUGACUGACUGCAACCACAAUGAGGACGCUAGCGUGGAAUGCACUGGGAGGCGUUUAACAAACCCAGCAGCUACACGCAUCCAGUUCCAGGGCUCAAAGGUGGAAGAGGUGCAGAUCAAGCCAAUACUGGCUCGGGCCAAGUUGAGCUCCCCCGUCACAGAAGGUGCCGUGGAGGUGAAGCUGCAGGGACGCUGGCGCCAGGUGUGUGAUGCUGGCUGGACGCGCAACAACACUCGGGUGCUGUGUGGGAUGCUGGGCUUCCCCCGUGAAGGCCAGGUUGCUACAGGAUUCUACAGGAAACUCUGGAACCAGAAGCUGAGCGACCCAAGGUCCAGCUUAAAGAGUCUGAGUAAGAAGAACACUUUCUGGAUCCACCGGAUCACAUGCCAGGGCACUGAGGUCCACCUGGGUCAAUGCAAAUUGCAUGUGCCUCCAAAGGCCCAGAAUCGAUUGGCCUGCCCCCAUGGCAUGCAUGCCCUGGUCAGCUGUAUAGCAGGCGCAGAGUUUCAGCCCAAGAAAACCAGGCCUCCAGGCAAACCCAAGGCCAAAGAGGAAGCCCAGGUGCGUCUCCGUGCAGGUGCCCAUGUCGGCGAGGGACGUGUGGAGGUGCUAAUGGGUGGCCAGUGGGGCACUGUGUGUGAUGACGGUUGGGACCUGCCUGCUGCCAGCGUGGUGUGCCGACAGCUGGGAUAUGGCACAGCCCGAGAAGCCCUUUUGGGAGCCCAGCUCGGCCAAGGCCUGGGCCCCAUUCACUUGACCAGAGUGCGGUGCAGGGGCUAUGAGCGCUCCCUGGCAGAGUGCAGCUCCCAGGAGGCCACCCAGACUGGGUGCCAGCAUGGUGCUGAUGCUGCCGUUCGCUGCAAUGUGCCCCAGACAGAAGCCUCCCGCCAGGUACGUCUAGCUGGUGGGCGCAGUCCAGACGAAGGUGUGGUGGAAGUCCUGAUAUCCAGGGGAGGAACUUCACGCUGGGGUGCCGUGUGCGGAGAACACUGGGGGCUCAAGGAGGCGAUGGUCGUAUGCCGGCAACUGGGACUCGGCUUUGCCAGCCAUGCUUUGCAGGAGACGUGGUACUGGCAGGGCAACGCAGAUGCCGCCGAGGUGGUGCUGAGUGGCGUACGUUGCAAAGGCACCGAACUCUCCAUCCUGCAGUGCCAGCACCAUGGCCCCGUCCACUGCCCAGCCGGAGGGGGACGUUUUGCUGCAGGAGUCACCUGCACCAGCAGCACCCCAGACCUGGUGAUGAACGCUCAACUGGUACAGGAGAGCGCUUAUCUAGAGGACCGUCCCCUGAACAUCCUGUACUGUGCCCAUGAGGAAGGCUGCCUUUCCGCCUCUGCCGAUCACAUGCAGUGGCCUGAGGGGCAUCGGCGUCUGCUGCGCUUCUCCUCCCAGAUCCACAAUCUAGGCCGGGCCGACUUCCUUCCCAAAACUGGCCGCCAUGCAUGGAUCUGGCACCAGUGUCAUAGACACUACCACAGCAUCGAAGUGUUCACCCACUAUGACUUACUGACUCUCAAUGGCUCCAAAGUGGCUGAGGGACACAAGGCCAGCUUCUGCCUGGAGGACACCAACUGCCCAGAGGGAAGGCAGCGGCGUUUUGCCUGUGCUAAUUUUGGAGAGCAGGGCGUCAGUGUAGGCUGCUGGGACACAUACAGGCAUGACAUUGACUGCCAGUGGGUGGACAUCACAGACGUGCCAGCUGGAAGCUACAUUUUCCAGGUGAUUGUGAAUCCAAAGCAUGAGGUAGCAGAGUCAGAUUUCUCCAACAAUGUCCUUCGCUGCCAGUGUCAGUACGAUGGUCAUCGCAUCUGGCUGCACGGCUGCCACACAGGUGAUGAGUACGGUGCCAGCAUGGAAUGGGAUGACGAGGCUCAGCGGAGACUGGCCACCAACCUCGUCUGAGGCCUCGCAAGGGAUUGGGAUCCUCAGGGUUUCUGUGCCCAGAUUUGCUCGAGGGUCAGAGCAGCCUGACAAGGGCUAUGAGGAGAUGCAGCAGUCACUGGCCGGCUCAGGAAUGGCACUCUGCUGGCAGGCUCCCUUCUACGCCCCUUCUCGGGAUGACACGAGACAGCGGCAGCCAACACUUCCGUGGGGCGGCUCUCACCCCCUUGGCCUGCUUAUCACAGCCCAGCCGGCCUGAUUUGCUUUCUGUUUGUAUUGAGAUUGGCGGCUAUGGUCAGAAGCCAGGCUGCAAUGAGGGGGUGAGCUGCAGUCUUUCCCCUCGUUCUGCCCCCUUC